CCUUAGACUUACUCAAGUGGAUGGCCUUAGAUCGCCCGGCGUCUACAAGGUCGGGGGGAGAAAAGCUGUGAGCGUACAAGACACUAGAGGGAGCAUCUUGGAACUUGGGCCACUUUCACCCUACGGCCUGGAGACCCGUUUUGUGAAGGGCGGAGGACGGAAUGAUUGCCACCUUCCCCACCGUCACCACCAUGAAGCUGCUGGCAAUGGCUGUGCUACUCCUCACCAUCUGUAGCCUUGAAGGGGCUUUGGUGAGGAGACAGGCGGAGGAGCUGAGUCUACAGAGACUGGUCUCUCAGUACUUCCAGACGGUGACUGACUAUGGCAAGGACCUGGUGGAGAAGGCCAAGGGCCCAGAGCUUCAGGCCCAGGCAAAGGCUUACUUCGAGAAGACCCAGGAGCAGUUGACUCCCCUGGUCAAGAAGGCUGGAACUGACCUGAUUAACUUCUUGAACAACUUCAUGGACCUGAAAACACAGCCUGCCACCCAGUGAGGUGUCCAGACCACUGUCCUCCACCCCCUGCUGGGCCCUGGAACUCCCACUGGCCAGGCCUAGAGCCCUCUCCCAAC